GCCGGGAGCGGCCGGCUAGUCGGCGGGGGUCUCUCUUCGGCGCUUGUUGCCUCCGAAGCACCUGCGGGCUGCUUUGCAGCGAGAGCGUCUGCAGAGGCGGGGAUCUCGUGAUCAAGAUGACCCAGGAGCAGAGAGAGAAUCUCUUUUGCUUCCGCAGUUACAUAGAGAAGUCGCUGAACCCGACCUAUGUCUUGAGCUACAUGAAGGAGUGGCUCUCGGAUGAGGAUGUGGAGAAAAUUCAGAAGGAGGGAGAUAAAGAAGGCCCGACAGCGGCUGCUACACUUUUUCUCCAAAGCAUUCUGGACCUCAAAGAAGACGGAUGGUUCCGUGGCUUUUUGGACGCUUUGCACUCAGCAGGCUACAGCGGCCUUUAUAAGGCAAUUCAGUCUUGGGAUUUCCAGUUGAUUGAAAACCUGGAAGAGCAUAGACAGUUGCUGAAAAGGAUCGAACCCUCUUUGCGAGACAUUGAUCCCGUCCAGCUACUUUCAUACUUAAAUGACUGCAUCCUAGAACAGGAGAUGGAAGAAAUUCGACAGGUUAAACUCAACAGUGGCAAAGGAGCAAGUGCAUUAAAAUUAGCUCAGUGCCUGUAUCGGUCAGAUAAGGAAAACUGGCCCAAAACCUUUGGGAUAGCAUUGGAGGAGACGAAUUGUGAUCUCAAAAAUCUCUGGAAUUUUAGAGAUGAUUGCAGGGAAGUCACGGAUGUUGAAAUGACGGAUGACGAGGAUGACAGCUGUGCUGUUAAUAUAAAUUUGCAGUAUAUGGAAGAUGCACAACUUGACAAUUUGAGCAGAAAUCCCUGCUUCCCUUUGUGUUCCCCUUCAGAACCGUGUCAGCAGUCCACUUAUUUUCCAAAGAAGGCAAGAAGCUAUCAAACUGAACUCGCCCAGCCCGCUCUCAGUGGCAAACAUACCAUCAUUUGUGCCCCUACUGGGUCUGGGAAGACUUUUGUGUCCCUUAUGAUCUGUGAUCAUCACCUCCGCAACAGGCCUGCUGGGCAGAAAGGGAAGGUUGUCUUCCUUGCUACCAAAGUCCCAGUGUACGAACAGCAGAAGAAAGUUUUCCAAGAGCAUUUUGAAAGAAGCAGCUAUACUGUUGCAGGAAUCUGUGGGGAGACAGCUACAAAUACUCCUGUAGCCAUGGUUAUUGAGGGGAAUGAUAUUACAGUCAUGACACCCCAGAUUCUUCUCAACUGUCUCAAUGAUGGAACGCUGCCUUCCCUUUCGCUCUUCACACUGAUGAUUUUUGAUGAGUGCCACAACACAACCGGUAACCAUCCUUACAAUGUGUUGAUGUCCAAGUACCUGCAACUUAAAUUUGAGAACGCAGAAACGCCACUGCCACAGAUUGUAGGAUUGACAGCCUCUCUUGGAGUGGGCAGUGCCAAAAGUCUUGAGGAGACCAUAGAACACAUCUGCACAGUUUGUGCCGCGCUCAAUGCCCAGGUCAUAUCAACCGUCAAAGAGAACACCAAAGACUUGGAGGAAAUUGUCUAUAAGCCACACAAAACAAUUAGGCUUAUUCAGAAACGUCCCCAAAGUCGCUUUGUGGACAUUAUUUCACACAUGAUGUCUCAAACGGAAGAUCUGGCAAAAAACCUUUAUCCUAUAGAUACUUUGUCUGACAUUAAGUGCAGAAGUUUUGGCACACAGAAAUAUGAACAGUGGAUAGUUGGUGUACAGAAGAGAUGCUCGGUGUUACAGCUGCCAAAUAAGGAGGAAGAAAGCAAGAUUUGCAGGGCUCUGUUUAUUUACACGGAGCAUCUCCGGAAAUACAAUGACGCUCUCAUCAUUAAUGAAGAUGCUCGUACUCAGGAUGCGCUGGCUUACCUGAAAGAAUUUUUUGAGAAUAUCAAGGCUGGAGGGUUUGAUGAAAUUGAAGAGAAGCUAGCUUCAAACUUUGAAGAUAAAUUACAAGAGAUGAUUGCAAUUUCUCAGGAUGAGUCCAAUGAAAAUCCCAAAUUGGAAGACAUUACUUUCAUCUUGGAGGAAGAAUACCGCCUCAAACCCCAAACUCGUUCUAUUCUCUUUGUUAAGACAAGAGCACUGGUGGCAGCCUUAAAGAACUGGAUAGAAGAAAGCCCUCAUCUUAAACACCUAAAGCCCGACGCCCUGAUGGGACGUGGGAAAAGAAAUCAGAACACAGGUAUGACCCUUCCAAAUCAGAAAGGCGUCUUGGAUUCCUUCAAAAGUGAUGGGGACAGCAAGAUGCUCAUAGCUACAUCAGUAGCUGAUGAAGGAAUCGAUAUUGCACAGUGCAACCUUGUCCUCCUGUAUGAAUACAUAGGCAACGUCAUCAAAAUGAUACAAGUCAGAGGUCGUGGAAGGGCAAAAGACAGCAAGUGCAUCCUUGUGACCAGCAAAAGCGAACGGGCCGAGACAGAGAAGAACAACAUGUUGAAGGAGGAGAUGAUGAACAAAGCCAUUAACAACCUGCAGAAGUGGGAUGAAGAGACAUUCACACAGAAGAUAAAAGACUUGCAAAUGAAACAGAAGCUAAAGCAAGAUUCUAGGAAAAAAGAAUCUCCACCAAGGCUGCUGCCAGGCAGUCGAAGACUGUUGUGUGGGAAAUGCAAAAGGUUUGCCUGUGACUCAGAGAGCAUCAGGGUGAUUGAGGGAGCCCACCACACUGUCUUAGAUGGGAACUUUAGGAACCGCUUUCUAACACAGCCUCAUAACAAGCCAAACCGCUAUGGCAACUUUGAGAAACGAUGCAAGCUGUACUGCAAUGAAUGUCACCAUGACUGGGGGAUUACCGUGAAAUACAUGAACUUAGAGGACCUGCCCGUCAUCAAAGUGGAGAGUUUCUCAAUAGAAGACCCUGUCUCUGAGCGGCAGUAUUAUUUCCGGAAGUGGAAAGACGUUGAUUUUCCAAUGAAAGCAUUUGCCAUUGAAGAAAUGUCCAGUUGAAAUGCAGAACUGACUGAUUGGCUGUGUCUGUUUAGACUUUUGAUAUGAACAGUGAAAUAAGUUUUUCCUUCCAAUGAUUGUACACCCAAUAGAAGAUUUAAUUUAGAUUGUAUACAAGAUUUAAUUAGAUUAAUUAGAUUGUACAUUCAAUACAAGAUUAGCCACCCUAUGACUCAGUUUCUGAGAUUCAGCCCAAUACGUUAGGUAACAUUACUUGAAACAUGGAAUCUGUUGUUAUUGAGAGAGAGUAGAAGAAAAACUGGUUAUUUACUCGUUUCAUUGGGCAUCACCUUAUACUGGGAUGAAUUAGUUUGAGAGAUGUCGACUGGCCCAUGUACCUCUGUAACCUACAUAUCUGUUCUUCUAAGUUCUGACCUGCUCCGCAUUAAAUGAGCAAUAAUGUUAAGGGGAGGAAAUGGGAAAACUUGUGUACCCUGUUCCAAUAGUCAGAUACCAUUGUAAAGCUGCUCUUGGUGUAUACAGCACCGAAAAGGGAUGUACAAGGCCUUAAUGUAGUUUGCCUUAUCACCAGGGCUUUUUUUCACCAGGGGAACAAGGGGGAAUGGAGUUCCAGCACCUCUUGAAAAUACUCGGCAAUAGUGCUUGAAAAUAAUAUGAUUUCAAAGAAUCCCAUGUGUUUCUUCCUCAUUUUCCUCUUGAGAGUUCCGCCACCUCUUUUCCCAGAAAAAAAACCCUGCUUAUCACGAUGUUAUCUCACCAUACAUCUGCUAUACCCUCCAUGCCCAAGGAAAUGUAUUUCAAGCUGUCGCUAGCCUAUUUUGUUCAGUGGUGUUCAGCAUUAACUAGAGACAAUGGUAAUAAACUUGGUAACUGUU